GUGGACUUCAAAAUAAAUUAGAAUAUUUGAAAUUACAGAAAACAACAAAUACAGAUGCCAAAUUGGAGACGGCUCUUGAAUAAAAAAACUCAUAGUUUCUCAUUUAGUCUUUAUAAGUACCCUCACUUUGGCAUAUUUUAGAAAAGGCAACAACAGAUGGGUUCCUCUCCAAUCUUGACUGUUCUUGAACAGAGCCAUGUAUCACCACCAGCUGCCACCGUAGGCGACAGGUUGUUGCCACUGACUUACUUCGACUUCUUUUGGCUAACCCAACCUCCUAUUCACUAUUUAUUCUUUUAUGAGAUGCCCACCACACAAACUCAAUUUAUUGAAACUAUUAAGCCUAACCUCAAACAUUCGUUAUCAAUCACCCUUCAACAUUUUUUUCCGUUCUCGGGUAACUUGAUCGUGUUUCCUACCUCCACUAAAACGCCAGAAAUCCGUUAUGCCGAAGGUGAUUCUGUCACAGUUACUUUUGCAGAAUGUAACCUUGAUUUCAACGAACUAACUGGAAACCAUCCCCGAGAUUGUGACAUGUUUUACCAUCUUACACCUUUAUUGGGUAAGGUUGAUAAAACCUCGGAUUUCACAAAGAUCCCGUUGUUCUCCGUUCAAGUGACACUUUUUCCAAAUUCCGGAAUCUCUAUCGGUAUGACAAAUCACCAUUGUUUGGGUGAUGCUAGCACACGAUUUUGUUUCUUGAAGGCUUGGACAUCGAUCGCUCGAUUUGGUUCGGAUGAGUCCUUUCUAGCUAAUGGAACUUUGCCCUUGUAUGAUAGAGUGGCCGCAAACCCAAAACUCGAAGAAAGUUAUCUAAAGUUUGCGAAAGUUGAAACGUUUAAAGACUACGAACCUCCAAAACUAUGUGGUCCAACUGACAAUGUUCGAGCCACCUUUAUAUUGCCUCGAACCGUGCUCAAUAGGUUAAAAAGUUUGGUUUCGACACAACAACCAACGUUAGCAUACGUAUCAUCUUUUACGGUUGCAUGUGCUUACAUGUGGAGUUGCAUGGGGAAAACACGCGAAGAUGGGUGGCAAAUGUUUGGCUUUACCAUUGAUUGUAGGGGCCGUAUGAACCCCGCGGUCCCAGCAGCCUACUUCGGCAACUGUGUUGGUUGGUGUAUGGCUAUGGAAGAAGCCAAACUUUUAACCGGAAAAGAAGGGUUUGUAAAUGCUGCAAAAUUGAUUGGAGAAAGUCUACAUGAGACUUUGACCGAUAAGGAUGGAAUCAUAAAAGAUAUAUCAUCAUUUGAGCACUUGUUUUCCAAUGGGAUUCCAACAACAAUGAUGGGGGUUGCUGGAACACCGAAGUUGAAAUUUUAUGACAUGGAUUUUGGGUGGGGUAAGCCCAAAAAGAUCGAAACAGUUUCUAUUGAUUAUAGUGACUCGAUAUCAAUGAAUGCUAGCAAAGAGAAGAGUGAAGACCUCGAGAUUGGCGUUAGCCUUCCGACUACCCAGAUGCAAUCUUUUGUUAGUAUAUUUGAGGAUGGGUUAGAAAAAUAUAUUUAGAUGCCUCAUAUUAUUAUUAUAUUCGUGCUAAAUUGUUACAUUUAUAUCUAGAUGCAUCACAUUUCCAAUAAAAUAAAGAAGUCUACAUGACUUUUUGGCCGUC